AUGGAAUUUAAGAUACCUGUUAAUUACGAUGAUUUACUGAAAAUACAAGAUGAUAAUGAUGAUGAUACAACAACAACAACAACAACAACAAAUCAACAACAAUUCACUGUAAAUAGAAUCAUAGAUGUUGAAGCAUUAUCAGAGUCUGGUCAAUUAAAAAUAUUAGAUGCAAUUAGAGAUAGAAUAGCAAAUGAUCCAAUAGAGAUUACUCAUCAUAAUAAUUUUGAUAAUCUAUAUUUCUUUAUAAAGAGUUUAGCAAGCGAGAGAAUACCAUUGGAUGUUAGAAAUCAAGUGUUGAAUAUAUUACAAGAGUCGAUUGGUAGAUUCGUUGUUGUAGUUAGGAAUCUGUUGCGGUCGAAUCACACCGAUGCCUCUACAGAUGAUAUUGAGCAAUACAAACGAAAGUUGGUCGGUAAUCGCUACAAGAACGACAUUCUGGUGGCUGCCAAGCAACGAUUGACUGACAAGGCAGCGCUCGUCAGAAAGAAUGCCAUUCACUUGGUAUACGCAGUGUUGGAGAACAACAAUCAUUCGCUUGACUUUAGUUCGGAAUACUUCAAUGGUCACUACAAGAAGUUCCAACAGCUUCAACAAGAUCUAAAGAACCAGGAUAUGAACUAUUUCUUUGAGGAUCUUAAAAGUGGAAAAGUUCAAAACGAUGAAGAAGAUGACAAUGAUAAUGAAUCAAUCGAUAACAACAACAAUGAAAAUGAAGAAGACAAUGUCGUAACAUCGACAACAACAAACAAAGAUGAACUUACACCACAACAAAGAUAUGAAAAGAAAAUUGAGAAACGUCCAACAAAACUUCCAUUUUUAUAUCCUCAGAAAUUAAAAUUGAAUGAUAAAAUAUUUAAAGAAUGUAUUGCUGAUACUCCAUUUGAAAAAUCGGGUUCAAUCCAUCAAACGAAAUGGAUAACGAAUGUCUAUUUCAAUAUGAGAGUAUGGUUUCAACAGGCAUUCGAAUACAUCAAGCAAUUCGAUGAUUGUAUCGAUCGUCUGACAGAGCUGUUAUCAAGUGCACACCAAUCCGAUAUCUCCGAGACGAUCAGGCUGAUCGUGCUGUUCAACGAGUAUCGUAUAUCGGGUGCACGUAGUUUGGCACUGACGAUGUUCAGUUUGGUAUUCUCAAAGGAGAGUGCCAUCGUCAAUGAAACGUUGGAGGCAUUCAAACGGUUACUACAACCCAAUGGUGGUAGUGGCGGUGAUAAUGGUCACUCAUCUACACACUGCUAUAAAGUGGCAAAGAACUUGAUUGACUUUACCAAAGAUACAACGGUGGGAGUAUUCACCUCACUCGAAGAACUCAUUCAACAGUCACUCAGGAAAGGAGUGAUACAGGCCGAUGUCAUCGAUGCCCUCUGGAAGAUUUUCGCACGACAAAUCAAGCAGUACAACAACAAAGACGAUAUCCGCGGUGCCAUCGUCAUACUUUCAAUGAUUGGUGGACACGACGGAAAGAUAAUUUCAUCCAAAGUAAAUGAUAUUAUUAAAUAUGGUUUUGAUUCAAAAGAUUUUAAUGAUGGACAUAUUCUUAGAUAUUCUUGUAUUGCCAUUCAAAAGCUGAGAUUUAAGGAGGGUGUUUUAAAUCCUAAUACACCGAGAUACAAGAAUGACCAUGAAAUCAUUGAGAGACUGGAAAAGCUGGUUAAACAAUCGGCUGACGACGUUGAGAAGUGGAUUAUCUUUGCUGAGCCGACUGUCACUGCUAUCUACAUGUUGUCCGACCAACCCGAUGCCAUUGCCGGUAAGAUCAUUGCCAGUUUGGAGUCGUUCUCGGCCAGCGAUACGACCGUUGCAAGCAGCGGUGAGCUUUGUAAACUAUUCUUUAUGUUGGGACACAUUGCACUACGUCAGUUGGAACACAUUGAAUCUGUAAUCAGCGAAAUGAAAAAGAAGAGACAAGAAUCUGGACGUUCAAAUACCACCGCUGCUGCUACUGUUGAUUCAACAAACAAGUCAAAAUCAUCAAAGAAAAAGAGCAACAAGAAAGAUGGAAAAGAAGAUGCAGAAGACGAACAGGAAGUAGAAGAAGAUACAAUGUUGAAAGAACUCGGUUCGGAAGAAGCGGAAGCAGAGAAUGAAGAGGAUAAACUACAGGAAGGAGCAGAGAAGGAUUUGGUAGAUGAACGUCAUAUUAUUGGAAGAUAUAUUCCGAUGAUCAGAGAUAUAUGUCUGCACUAUCGGGAGUAUAACGAUCGUCAACUCCAAUCGAUUGCAACACUCACCUUGGUCAAGUUGAUGUGUGUCCAGUCCGACUUGUGUUCGAAACAGCUACCAUUGAUUUUUACUAUUCUAAAAGAGUCACCCUAUGACAAUGUCAAGUGUAAUAUCAUCAUUGGACUCGGUGAUCUAGUGGUGCGUUUCCCCAACUUGAUCGAACCAUACUCCAAACAUAUCUAUGAGCGACUCAGAGAUGCCAAUGCCGAUGUCCGUAAUACAACUGUGAUGGUACUGACACAUUUGAUCUUGAACGGAAUGUUGAAGCCGAAAUCACACAUCAGCGAGAUGGCUAUCUGCAUUGAAGACGCCGAGCCAAUGGUACAGCAAAACACGAAACUGUUCUUUACCAAUCUCAGUCAGAAGGGCAAUGAACUCUACAACUACCUGCCAGAGGUCAUAAGCAAGCUGACCACCGACACUACGAUCCUGAUGUCCAACGAUAAGAUCCGUGAGAUCUUGAAAUUUAUGUUUUCAUUCAUCACCAAAGACCGUCAGAAUGAAAGUUUGAUCGAGAGAAUCGUGCAGCGAUUCAAGACCGCUCAGAACAUUACGGAAGCACAGAACAUCUCUUAUUGUCUACAGAUUCUACCGUUCACUGAGAAUGCACUAAAGAAACUGUUGGAGAACUUUAAGGUCUAUCAGGAUAAGCUGUUUGAUGAGGAGGUCAACAAGAACAUGUGCUCGAUCAUCACUAAGAGUAAAAAGGCAACGAUCAACAAGAGCAACGAGUUGAAACAGACUCUUGUUGAAUUGGAAUCGAAAUUCAACAAAGAGAAUCUCGAGAAAGAGGCAGAAGAUGAAGGAUUACCACUUUUGCCUUCAUCAGCCACCGCUGCUGCUGCAACUUCAACAUCUAAAAACAAAAAGACAACAACAUCGUCAAGAAAUACAAAGGCAGCAGCAAAGACAAAGACAACAAAGAACAACAAAAAGAAUAACAAACAAGAUAAAAUGGAUAUAGAUGGAAGUGAUGAUGAUGAUGAAAGUGAAGAAGAAGCAGAUGAUGAUGAAGAUGAUGACGAUGAAGAUGACAGUCCUCCACCUCCAAAACAAUCAAGAUCAAAGAAAGCAGCUGCUCCAGCGAAACCAACCACAACCAGCUCAAAGAAAGCAGCAGCAGCCUCAAAGAAGCCUUCUGCACCAACUCCAAAGAAACCCGCUGCUGCCAAGAGAAAACCUGCUGCCAAGAAAAAGGUUGAAAGUGACAGCGAUGAAAGUAUGGAAGAUUUGACUAGCAGUGAAAGUGAGGAAAGCGAAAGUGAAAUCAGCGAAAGUGAAAUCAGUGAAAGUGAAAGUGAUUAA